AUGGCUCGCACCAAGCAAACUGCUCGUAAGUCUAUUUUGGGGAAAGCCCCAAGGAAGCACCUUGCUUACAAGGCUGCUCGUAAGACUACUCCAGUGAUCGGGGGCGUUAAGAAGCCCCACAGAUACCGACCAGGAACCGUUGCCCUUCGCGAAAUUUGUAAGUAUCAGAAGAGUGCCGAGCUUUUGAUCAAGAAACUUCCAUUCCAAAGACUUGUACGUGAAAUUGCUCAAGACUUCAAGACUGAUAUGCGCUUUCAGAGCCAUGCGGUGCUAGCUCUACAGGAGGCGACCGAGACGUACGCAAUCCAUGCUAAGCGUGUGACCAUCAUGUCCAAGGAUAUUCCUCUAAGAUUCAAAGAGGAAUUAAGAGAGAUGGCUCGCACUAAACAAACUGCUCGUAAGUCUCAUGGAGGAAAAAUCCCAAGAAAGCAACUGGCUUACAAGGCUGCUCGUAAGUCUGCUCCAAUGAUGGGUGGAGUUAAGAAGCCACACAGAUACCGGCCUGGAACGGUUGCUCUUCGCGAAAUUCGCAAGUAUCAGAAGAGUGCUGAGCUUUUGAUCAAGAAACUUCCAUUCCAGAGGCUUGUACGUGAAAUUGCUCAAGACUUCAAGACUGAUAUGCGCUUUCAGAGCCAUGCUGUUCUAGCUCUACAGGAGGCAGCCGAGGCGUACCUAGUAAGCCUGUUUGAAGAUACGAACCUGUGUGCAAUCCAUGCUAAGCGUGUGACCAUCAUGUUUAAAGACAUUCAGCUUGCCAGGAGGAUCCGGGGAGAGCGUGCUUAAGCUGUUUAUUUCUGCUUCAUCAGUUUACCAAAUUCGUAGAUAUGGUAUAUGGUUCUAGCUUGUGUAGGUAGCAGUGAUAUGGUACAAUAAAAACUGAUAUGUUGGUUUGAUCUUCGUGGUACAAGUGUUUAUUGAUCUAUUGUUUUCUUUUUCU